ACUUAUGGUCCAUAUUACCCUCACGUUUCCUCUUAAUCUACGCCGAAACCAACCCUCACCGCGUUGACUCCUUCUCAAAUUUGAAACAGUCAAAAGGACUUAAUCGUCACUAAAAUAUAUUAUUCACACAGCUGCCACUCGUAAACGCAAGUCUGUAUACGGAAGCUUCAGUUCUUCGAUUUCUUUUGACCUUUGAAUAUAAACCCUAAAAUGUCAAUGUUCAAUUACAACUAUUAUUUAUUGUUUAUUUUCAUUCAUUCGUUGAAUUCGUCGUGAUUUCGCGUUGAAGGAUCGUGAUACUGUUUGCUGAUUGUUGUUUCGUUCGUAGUGAUUUUUCAUCGAAGGAUCGUGAUUCAGUUCGCUGAUUGUUGUUUCGGUGUUUCUUCAAAAAGGAUUCAAAUAUCAUAGUAUUUGUGUAGAAUGCGUGCACCAUCAUUGUUUACACAAUGCUUGCCUGGCUUGGUGCCCCAUGAUCGGGUAGGUAAUAGUAUGUCCCUUGCAUCGGAUAAGGAGACGCAUCUGCCUUCACCAGCUGUUGAAAUUAUACCCUCUAAGAUGGGACAUCCCUACAGAUAUGCUGGGGAGAACAUGGAUUGGCAAGGAGUUAACCUCCUCAAGGGAAGGGUUAGUGUCUCAGAUAUAAUAGAUUCAGAGUUGAUUCCAUCAAAACCUGAAGCAUCUUUGAAAUCCUGGGACAGCUCGUUGGAUCUUGUUAAUGUUCUCAAGCAUGAGAUUAAGGACGGACAGUUAAGCUUUCGAGGCAAAAGGGUGCUUGAGCUUAGUUGCGGCUAUGGAGUCCCAGGGAUCUUUGCUUGUCUGAAGGGAGCUUCAACGGUACACUUUCAAGAUUUGAGUGCAGAAACUAUACGAUGCACAACAAUCCCAAAUGUUAUGGCCAAUCUUGAGCAGGCUCGGGAAAGACAGAGCAUGCAGCCCGAAACUCCCGUUACUCCAUCAAGGCAAAUUCUUUCUCCUAUGGUUCACUUUUACGCUGGAGAAUGGGAAGAACUUUCUGGAGUCUUGUCUACUGUGAAGAAGAAUGUUCUAGAAGUUUCACCAACAAUGAACCUUAGCUUCUCAGAGGAUGAUUUUAUGGAUACGUAUAGUAGUCAUGAUGGUAGCAUCAAUGGUCGGGAAAGUUCCGCCAGGCAAUCAAGGAGGAUUUCUGCAAGCAGAGUGUGGGAGAGUGCUAAUGAUGCAGAUAUUGGUGGAGGAUAUGAUGUCAUAUUGAUGACUGUUAUUCCACAUUCAACAACUUCUUUGAGAAAACUGUAUGCACUAAUUAAAAAGUGCUUGAAGCCUCCUUAUGGAGUAUUAUUUGUUGCCACAAAAAGACAUUAUGUUGGCUUCAACAACACAGCUCGGCAGUUGAGGAGUCUUGUAGAUGAAGACGGUAUUUUUGGAGCUCAUUUAAUUAAAGUAGUGACAGACACAGAAAUAUGGAAGUUCUUUCUCAAGUGAACAUAUUAUCAAACAUCCACAGGAUACAAUCAGUAAGAUUACCGUCAGAUUAUUAAUCUUUCAUUUUUUAACCAUAAUCUCCUUCAUUAAGUUUACAUAUCUAGUGUACUUAGCUUAUAUGUUUAGCUUAUAAUUCAUUUAAAUAAGCAAUACUAGGCUUCAAAUUAUGUUGCCUUGUGUAGUUGUGUUCCCCUUUCAAUACCUCUUCAUUUUUUUAUUAUGUACACUGUAAUACUUAGAAAUUCUGUUAGUUCUUUUAUUAAUAGAAUAGCUGUAUUUUCUUCUUA